UUGCAGAACGGACUUGCGCAUUAACUCCGCCAUAAUUUACAUUUCUUGAGCACAAAGUCUCCUUGUUUUACUUGCACAGUGGUCAGUAAGGCAAUAUUACAAUUAACUGUUCGGUUUUGACCAUUUUUUUACGCAAUACCUUGCACAGACGCAACGUAAACUCAUACAAUUAAAUGGUAACGGCGAUGGAAAAAAAAGAAGUCGGAGAAAUGGGCGGAGUUUGCGCCUGUCGUAAUACGAGGUAAAAGACAAUUUAUUCAAAAGAUAUUUUCAGAAGAGUCCCAUCAGGUUUACAGAUGGUAUUUUCGAAUAAUGGUUCCGAAGCAUUGCUAUUGCAAUUUAUAGAAAUUUGAAAGGUCCGCGAUACAGGUUAAGGAAGACGCGAACUACGAAAAGCGACGAGGUCGCGUCGUAAAUAAAGUGGAUGCGCACGCGGACAAUACACGUGUGAGAGAGAGCGAGGGGAACCGAUUGGUCGGAAAAAGACGGAAAUGUACCGAAGAUUCUGAUUGGUCGACGGCGGCUGUUAUGGCCGCCGAUUAGCGCACGCACGCACGCACACUGAGGAAGGACGGUUCGCACACGAACGCACGUACACGCGCGUGCAUCAGGAGCGUAGCAGUCGCUCGCGGCCGAGAAGAGUGAAAAGAGCGACAGAAACGGUCGGUCCGCGCGUUGCCUUCUAAGGCGGAGGGAGAGUUGGUGUGUGACGUCGUCCGUGCGCGGAUGGCUCGAAGAACGCCGAUUUUCCUCAGCUUCGACCAAGUAUCCUUGCUGAGCGUCCGAAAGACCAAGUGAAAGGAGUGUGCAUGCGGGCCGGCCGCGACGCCGCGACCGUCGACUCAACCGCGUAUACGUAAAACCCGACAAUCCGUCAAGUUUCAAGCUGCCCGAAGCUGCUGCACCAUUUUCAUCAUUCUCUUAGAGUGUAUACCAAAACCCCGGAGAGAAACCGAUUAUCACGGUGCGUAACCUGGAACGUUCCUGAGCCAAGUUAAGAAAAGAUACGAAGAAGCGGCGGUAAUAGAAAUAAAAAGGAUACGAAGGGCAUCGAGAGAGGUAGCGGGAGACAGAGAUAAAGAACGAACAAGCGAGCGAACCAACGAACCAGCGAACCAGCGAGCGAGCGAGCGAGCGAGCAGAGACAGAGAAAGAGAGACAGAACGAACGAGAGAUAGAAAGAGAGGUAGAUAUAGAGGAACAGAAAGAGAAAGAGAGAGAACGAGAUCAGGAAAGAGAAGCGAAGAGCGAGUUAAAACGCCAAACGAGAUACGUAAGAGACAAAGGCCACGGCGGCAUAACCUCCAAAGCGAUUCGAUCGUGCCGCGCGUUUCGUAAAUCGUUCCUGCGGUUCGUGGAUCGUUUCCAAGCGUUUAUUCGAUACCCAUUAUUUACGAGAGAUUAUAUUUUUACAAGUGCAUGCCUGCUGCUGCCCGGGGCUUCCAUAUAUGAAGUGUCGCACGAGUGAGUGAGAGAGAAAGAGAGAGACAGAGAGAGAGCACGUGUAUGCAACGUAUUUUCCUCGAAGGCAUACAUACACGGGAGUCGUCGUUUUCAAGUGAAAGAGCGGGACGGUUGUUUGUAUGGUCGUGUUUUUUCCGCGAUACCUGGUAUACGAUAUAGACCAAUAGUCCGCGAGUGUUGUCUACUGUGUAAACGAAACCGUUGUUGCCUCGACGACAACGCAGAAAAUAGUAAAAGGAUAGAGAAAAUAGAAGGGGUAAAGAAAGCAAGAAGGAAGAUAGGAAAAAGAGAAAGAAGAAGAGGGGGGACAGAAAUAGAGAGAGAGACGAGGGAAAAAGAGCCAGCGGAUAACACAUUCAGCGCUGUAGUCUACGGUUGAUGGAUGAAACUGGCAGGAUGCUGCAACACGGUGGAUCAGGUGUUGGUCUGAUGGGAGGCAAUCAGGGCCAGGGGGCCCAAAAUACCGGCGGAUACGGAAACAUGGGGCCCACAGAUGGAACGGCGACCCAUGGUCCGGAUCCGGCCGGCGAGUCCAGAAAACAGGAUAUCGGAGAGAUUCUUCAGCAGAUCAUGAAUAUCACCGAUCAGAGCCUAGACGAGGCGCAAGCAAGGAAACACACCCUGAACUGCCAUCGAAUGAAGCCGGCCCUGUUCUCGGUCCUCUGCGAGAUUAAGGAGAAAACAGUGCUGUCGUUAAGGAACACUCAGGAAGAGGAACCACCCGAUCCGCAGCUAAUGAGGCUGGACAACAUGUUGAUCGCGGAGGGUGUGGCGGGACCGGAAAAGGGUGGUGGAGCGGGAGCGGCGGCGUCGGCCUCGGCGGCCGCGGCGGCUGGACCACCUGGACAACCUGACAACGCCAUCGAGCAUUCGGACUACAGAGCGAAGCUCGCCCAAAUUAGGCAGAUCUACCAUCAGGAACUGGAGAAAUACGAACAGGCGUGUAACGAAUUCACCACCCAUGUAAUGAAUCUACUGAGGGAGCAGAGUCGCACCAGGCCGAUCACGCCGAAGGAGAUCGAGAGGAUGGUACAGAUCAUUCACAAGAAGUUCUCGAGUAUCCAGAUGCAGCUGAAACAGUCGACUUGCGAGGCCGUCAUGAUCCUGAGGAGUCGAUUCCUCGACGCGAGACGCAAGAGACGGAACUUCAGCAAACAGGCCUCCGAAAUCUUGAACGAAUACUUUUAUUCGCACCUCAGUAAUCCUUACCCGAGCGAGGAAGCCAAGGAGGAGCUCGCGCGAAAGUGCGGUAUCACCGUGAGUCAGGUUUCCAAUUGGUUCGGCAACAAGAGGAUACGCUACAAGAAAAACAUAGGUAAAGCACAGGAGGAGGCGAACUUGUACGCAGCUAAAAAAGCGGCUGCAGCUUUUGCAGGAGCGUCGCCGUACAGUAUGGGUGGUGCAAGCCAAGGCACCCCGACGCCGAUGAUGUCGCCGGCGCCUCCCGGCGGGCCGCAGGACAUGGCCGGAUACGGGAUGGGCAUAAACGGUAGCGACUACGGCUCGCAACCGUACAACGACGGCUCGAUGGGCUACGAUCCUAUGCACCAGAUGAAACGAAAUUCUUAGAAGGCGACAGAGAGUGAGCUAUCUAAUAAAAAAGAACGAAAGAAAGAGAGAAAGAAUAGAAAAAAUAGACAUCUAAUCAAAGUGCACAAAUUAGAAAGAAAAGAAAGAAAGGAAGGAAUGUCUAACGAUGAGAGAAAGAACGACACGCGCGUAGACGCGCGAGGGAAAGCAACAACGGGAAAAGCAGGACGUGACGAGGGAGAAACGAUAGAAAAUAAGACUAGAAAAUCGAGGGUUUAAGAUCCCUCGGCUCUUUUGCGCUUCCUGUUCGCGUCCGUAGCGAGCCGGUGUCGCGCGAAGCGCAAAGGCCACCUGUCCUAUAUACUCGCCGUCGAUUUUCGUUGGGCGUGCAGCUUUCCCGAGGGUGAGGGAGGAUCGUUUCUCGCUGGGAUUAGAAGUCGACGAGCCGGCCAGUGGAUCUCCAAAUGCUUCGUUGCAACAAGCACAGCUCUCUUUCCCUCGAACGGAACUGGAGCCGAACGUCUCCCACGAAUUUCGAGCGAGAAGACGCGCCUCUAGGCUUCGUGUUCGGUCAAACUCGCGGGCGCGCAGCGAUCGCGUCCACCUUCGUCGAUAGUGCAAUAUACGUUACAAGGACUCGCGAGGCGGCGUUUUCAUCGACGUUUCGAACCUCGAUUUCGAUCGUCGCUUAUCCGCUGCGAAGGAACCAGGCGAAAGAUAACGUUGCUGGUCACCGCGGUGCUCGGUACUACAGCGUUCGUCUUCGAACUGAUCUGUAGGUGAAGAUCUCGCCGAGUGUGCAAUAAGAUUUCGAUAGUGGCCCUUCCAGUGGCGAGGGAAGCCUUGGGCAGCUCGUUCGCCAGGUUCUCGGGUCGGGAAGAACGCGCGGGGAUGCGUGCCGAUUCGAUGAGAAGAUGCAGUUUUCGCGGCCGUGUUUUUAGAUUUGAUUAAGGACGUGUACUUCUUUGUUGUGUACAGGUUUCGGUCUCUUCGGAUCGAGAUCCGAAGUAUCUGUAUGUUUUUAACGCUAGAAGUACCAAACAGUCAAAUGGAAUGGUCUGUAUUUUAUUGAAAUUUGAAGAGCGUUUAUUGCGAUUUCAGUUACUCCUAUUUUGGAGUGAUUAUUGAUAUAUUAAAUUUUAUAUAUUAAAGUAUAUAUUAGAUAUUAAAUUUGUUUGAUAUAUUAAAGAAACCUUUUUAUCCAUAAUCCGUCUGGUGGUUCUAGCGUGAUACGAGAACGUUUCUACAGGAAAAGAUGUUUUUCUGAAAGGUAGCCGAUGCUAGUUUUGAACGGAAUAUAGCGUAUUUUCAUCGCAGCGAUAUCGAAGGAAAGAUCCGUUUUUAUAGUAGAAUUCGAUAUCUUUUAGAGAAAUAUUCUUUUAUCCGGGAAACUCGAUCGUGUCGUUAAGAACAUCGGAGAUAUCUAAGGUUCCAGUUCGAAGUGACUCACCCUGUAUAAUAGCAUGCGAACUCGAGCAGACGUACGGUGUGGCGCGUUCCUCCCGUGGACCGCCACCACUAUGCAAAUGCAUCCUCGAAGAACGCACCGCGCGGUUUCCCGUUGCUCUCGUAUGGCCAUCGAUACUUAAUCCUGGAGUAUUUUUUACAGGCAGUCCCGCGGUAUACCGUGCAACACGUGCAGUCACACGCAAAUAUUCACGCGCACGUAUUCUUACACGUCCAAACGUAACACGUAUCCGCGAUGCAUAAAGGAAUUAACGCAGGUCAGGAGAGUUGUUCACGGAUGAAUGAUAGAUCAUUCGAAAGACAUCUUCGUGGCAUGCAUGGCUGCACGUAGAAUUUAAGUUUAUAUGUGUAUCAUGGUUCUACGCAAGUAGUACGUGUGUGCGUUCAUCAAUAUUCUUUUAUUCUCACGUUUUUGUUUUGUUUUUUUAUGUUUUUUGUUUUGUUUCUUGUUCUGCGGGUCGAUUGGCUGGGGUUUUUAUUAUUGGGUGAAUAGAUAAAAGGCGAGAGAAAGACAGCGAGGAUCAGAGAGAAAGAGAGAGAGAGAGAGAAAGAGAGAAUGGAAGAGGUGAGAUGUGAAAGGGGACGGAUGACAGAGAAACUUCAUUAUUUUAGUUCGUUGUGCAGAGUUCUAAAUUUUUCGCGUAGACAAGUAGAGAAUAGGCGUUGGUUCCUUGCAUUGGCGGAUUGGAAUGAAAGGAUUUUCUGGUUUCAUUCGGAGCGUUCGCGCUCCUCUUCCGCCUAGCCAUUCGAAAUCUGUCGCCCGGAGUCAUCGCACCGAAGAAAUCCUUUCACGCUCGUAACGGGAAUCGACGCACAUCCCGCGAAGAAAGUUGAUUAAUUUUUCCAUAGGAUGAACAGUCGCCCGGGAAAGUCGAUGUCCCGGUACGAGCACGCCGGCCAAUCCAAACAGCCCGCGCUUAAGUUAGACUCCGACACUCGCGUCUCAUUUUCUUGAUACGGUCGAACCUCGUUGAAUGGGAUCGCGGGGGAAGGGAGGAGAUCGUCGAGUCGUAGAGUAAAAGAAGUUUAACAAACGAAAAUUCGACUUGCAAGGGUUUUGUAAGAAGACAGUAGAGUCGGUGAUCCUAUAAAAUUGACUUCUACGCAAAAGCAACUUUCGACUUGUGAAGGUUCUUCUCGGUUCGUGUCGUAGAAAACUUUACGAGUCAUGGAGGUUCGACAGUAUUUUUCUCAUGUAUAUCGCGAAUUCGAGCUAGAACACGACAAUGAUCUGUCUGUGCUAACAAAAAAGUGCGUAAAGAAAGAAUGAAAAGUAAAGUCAGUAAUAUAGUAGAAUGAAAAGAAAGACAUAGAAAGAAAUUUGUUGUGACGAAGGCGAGGCUUAGCGACCGACGAACACGCAAUUUUGUCGCCACCAGUUGGGGAUAAAAGAGCGCAGAC